AGGAAGCUGAAGCAUCAGCUGAUGUUGGUGUUUUUGAUGGAGCUUGCGGUGGGAGCUGCUGAGGGGGCUUGUUUUUGUUGUUCGUCUCUGCUGAGCGGACCCUGAACCUCGGAAACAGUGGAACCCGGCGGCAGCGGGAGCAGCGCCCGUGAGGAGGCCGAGAGCAGCGCGGUGUCCCUGUCGGCUCAGCUCGCCGCUCGCUGCUGAACCCCGAGCGGAGAAAGGAGAAAAACAACAAGGCGAGGCAGCCGCGGCAGCGCUCGGUGACCUGUCUGCGCCGGGGCCGCCAGUGUCAGCGGGUCAGCGUAACGGCAGCAGCCUGAGCCUGUGAGAGGGGGAAAGGCAGCACUGGCUGCCGUCGUUAGCCGCGCGCUGAAGAAGAAGUACCGUUAGAUCAGACGGAGACCGAACCGCGGUGUCUCUCGUCGUUUGCGAGGCGACGGCUGACGUGUUUUCGGUUCGUCUGGGUUGCAUCAUCGGGCUGGAUAUCUGAUUAUAAGUUUGGCAGGCAUCGAGUUUAGAGCUGCUGCGAGCGAAACGCUUGGCCUGCGGGUAUUACAGCUGGAUCUCUGAAUUUUGAACGAACCCAGUUUUCUGUUGGGUUUUUUUUUUUGUUUGUUUGUUUUUUUUUGUCUGCAAGACUGUCGGUUAACGGGUUCGUGUUUGUAGACUGACCAGCCAGGAGACGGUCUGGUGCUUGUUUGAUUCUCCCUGACGCACGUAUCACAUUUAAGAGGCUUUUUUGCGGGUUGUUUUACAGAACCUCUUCAUUUUGACGGUUCGAGGUGUUUAUAGAGGUGCGUGUCUAGACCCGUGCUCGGCGAUUUAACCAUCAGCAUGCUGACGCUGUCUGAAGUCGGAGAGGGAAGAUAGAAGGGCUGCGGUGUUCAGACGCGUUUAACCAGCUCGCCGUCUUAGUUCAGCGGUUUCGUCCGGGGCGAAAACCGCGUUCAAGGCUCGUGUGUACCUGUUAGCUUUUAGGCUAACUUGGCUGACUCUCAACGGCUGGCACGACUCGCACGUUGAUGUCGUCUGUCAGGGAGGCGGAGCCAAGAUCGACCGUUUAACUGGAGUCUUUAGUCGGUGUUUUGUGAGAGGACAGGUCCAGAGCUGGCACAGUCCGAGAACCUCGUUGAAAACCCAAUGCUGGAUCUGGAGGUGGUUCCUGAGCGAUCUCUGGGAAAUGAACAAUGGGAAUUCGCAUUAGGGAUGCCAUUGGCCCAGGCCAUUUCCAUCUUACAAAAGCACUGCCGAAUCAUCAAGAAUGUCCAGGUGCUCUACAGCGAACAAAUGCCACUCAGUCACGACCUCAUACUCAACUUGACUCAGGAUGGAAUUAAACUGCUGUUUGAUGCCUGCAAUCAGAGACUUAAGGUAAUUGAGGUGUACGACUUGAGCAAAGUGAAAUUGAAAUACUGUGGAGUGCAUUUCAACUCUCAGGCAAUAGCACCUACCAUUGAGCAGAUUGACCAGUCCUUUGGCGCUACUCAUCCAGGAGUCUACAACGCUGCAGAACAACUCUUCCAUCUGAACUUCCGUGGCCUCUCCUUCUCCUUCCAGCUAGACUCAUGGAGUGAGGCCCCUAAGUAUGAGCCUAACUUUGCCCAUGGCUUGGCCUCCCUGCAGAUUCCUCAUGGGGCUACAGUGAAAAGGAUGUACAUUUACACUGGAAACAACCUUCAAGAAACCAAGGCUCCGGUGAUGCCUCUGGCCUGUUUUCUAGGUAAUGUGUAUGCAGAAUGUGUGGAUGUUCUGAGAGAUGGGACGGGACCACUGGGUCUCAGACUACGGCUCCUCACUGCAGGGUGUGGUCCAGGAGUGAUGGCUGAUGCGAAAUUGCGGAUUAUGGAAAGGAGCAUCUACUUUGGAGAUUCAUGUCAGGACGUCCUGAGUGCUCUGGGCUCUCCACACAAGGUCUUCUACAAGUCUGAGGACAAGAUGAAGAUCCACUCUCCCUCUCCACACAAGCAAGUCCCGUCCAAGUGUAAUGACUACUUUUUUAACUACUUCACCCUGGGAGUGGACAUACUGUUUGACUCUGUGACUCACCUGGUAAAAAAGUUUGUUCUUCACACCAACUACCCUGGCCAUUACAAUUUCAACAUAUACCAUCGAUGUGAUUUCAAGAUUCCACUCAUCAUUAAAAAAGAUGGAGCUGAUGCUCAGGGGGAAGACUGCAUCCUCACCACUUACAGCAAGUGGGAUCAGAUCCAGGAGUUACUGGGACACCCCAUGGAGAAGCCAGUGGUGCUUCAUAGGUCGUCAUCUGCAAAUAACACCAACCCCUUUGGAUCCACAUUUUGUUUUGGGCUACAGAGGAUGAUCUUUGAGGUGAUGCAGAACAACCACAUAGCAUCAGUGACCCUGUACGGAGCCCCUCGACCCGGAAACCUGCCCCGUGCCGAGUCCGGCAGCCACUGAGGUGCCCGCAGAGCCCGUCCCGCCCCACAGGGCCCAUCAGCGCAGUGUGCCUUUCCUCACAGCUGCAAUCACACAAGCUAGAGAACCACAUGCUGGGAGUCCCCCACACCCCUCCGCCCCCGAUGCCCCUCAACACCAUGAAUGCUCCUCCCUGGCAAACCACACAGCCUGGAAGUUGCCAGUACAUUGCUCAUCAUACAUCCUCUAACCAGCAAACAUCCUUCAGCUGCACCUUCAACCCCAGCGUCUGUGUCGGUGUCACCAUAUCACAGUGGAUGCGCAGUGAUCAGUUUUUCAUGCACGCCUAUGCCCACACACCUACGCACACAUAUGGACGUACAUGUUCACUUUUACAAUAAUAAGCUCUAGUGAGAGUUUCUUUUUUUUUUUCUAUUUCUAAAUUUCAUCCCACACAAGACACUGACACCAAAGGGCAUAUGUGACAUGCAUUUCGAUACCAUUUCCUCUUCUGCACAUUAAACACUUUAUACACUCACACAUUGUCAAGUUAAUUUCAGAGCAGCAGUGGCCAGCAUAUGCAGAGGGUGCCCUCAGAAAACACAGAGAUGCAUGAAUGUUAGGAUCUAUUACAUGAAUAAAGUAUUGCUUUAUGGAUUUUUUUUGGCGAUUUGGAGCGUGUGGCAUACAGAGAGGUACAGAUUUACAAGCACAAACUAGCUGAACAGCAUGGGAGUGUGCUGGUUGAUUGUGGUUUCUUUCAUUCACACAGACUUACUUAGGCACACAGACACCGGUUUAGUAUGCUCAUGCUGACCAAGUUAACAGCACUGGUUACCUCCCAUUGCAAUGUUCUGCAGUGCAACGUUCAGCUUUUAAACUUCAGUGUUAAUUUUGGCCAUCACAUUUUGUUUCGCAACGUAAGGCGAUAGCAUUAUUAUUAUUGUUGUUUGUUUUUAACAUUUGCACUAAAGAAAAAAACACUUAAUUUACUUGACAGUUGUCUUUUAUCCACUGUAGACUGUUGGGAUUACCUCUGUGUGAGAGGCAGAGUUGAGAGUAGAGGAAUGGAAGGAAACGUAUCUUGUGGAUUUUGGGGCUCUUGUGGCAGAUCUUCUGAUUGGACAGAAAAGCCAUCGAUCCUUCACUUUCCACCACCCCUCUGGAUCUCCAGCUGUUCUUUUUGCUCAUUUACUUUCGUCACUCCCUUCUUGCAACAUCUUGGUGUUCUUGGCCGAGGAUUUGAUCUCAUCAUCUUCUCUCUCAACUCUUGAUCCCUACUUUUGGAUUUUUGUUUGUUUUUUUUCUUCUGAUUGCCAAAACAUUAGCCAAAGAAGUAAUGACAGUUAGCUGUCCAUUUGAAAAAAUUCCAAUCAGACUUAAUUUAAGAGCAAGCAAGAACAUUCCCUUUUGAUUUGUUUCCGUUACUCCCCUGAAAGAUUGAGUUUUGUCUUUGUUGUGCUCUUGUGCUUCUUAACUGCAUUUUCAUAGUGGAUAUCCCACUCUGUGCUUUUCGAUUCAGAGCUUUUUGCUCCUGGUUUCUGUUCUUCAAAGAUGUCUGGUGUUGUUUCUGUACCAGGUAGACGUGAGGCUUCCCGCAGCGUUUCUGCUGCUCUAUCCGUUUAUGUACAGAUCUGUAAAUAGUGUGCUUUUCUGUCUUGUCCGUUUAAGCUCACGGUACCGUAUGGGAGUUUAGAUUGAGUUGAAGUCUGGAAUUCUCUUGUACUGUUAAGUAUGCUAUAUAUUGUCAUUGCUAACCGAGAGAGUUCGGAGUGUCCACACCUACGUGGUCCUAUAAGGACAGCGGCUAUCUGUUCUGACCAUGGAGGGGGUAGGCUGUGUUAGACCACUUGUGGAGUCUGAACAUGUGACAAUGGAGAUGACUCAAGUGUUUACAGUACAAAGUCAGAGGUUCUGAGUGAGUUCCUUUUAAAGCUCAUUUUCAGCACUGUGCUGUGCAACCCUUCAGAAAAGUGAAGUGUGGUGAUGUGUCCUUCUCAGCCUCCUCCGAUACUGACCACUACAUCACUCCACUGCCAGCUCUUUCUCCAGCUCCCCUCCAGGCUUCUGCAGUAUGUGAUGCAGGCUUAUUUGGGCAUUGCUAGUUCUUGUUUGCAUUUACUUGGUUAAUGAGUUGCAGUGGAAGGCUGCUGUUGAUGUUUUUGAGUUGUAUCCCUCUUUUACGCCAAGUUCCAAACCAAGUGAAAUAAAACGAUAAAACUGAAGCGAAACCGCUGUUAACAUUGUGCCUCAUCUCCCACCAAGCCUGUCUUGAUUUUCUCUGUAAAUAAAAUGAUUUGAACUGCUUUGUGUAUGGUUGAGCAUGUAUAGCUAACCUAACGGACUGUCAGUUGUAGUCAGUCAAAGUCCUCACAGUCCCAAAAAUAAUGAAGUAUGAGGAUAAAAAAAAGUCUCAUAGUCUCCGAACUCUUUUCUUGAAGGGCUGGCGCAGCAUAUGUUGUAAAAUAGAUUACAUAUUAAACUGAACUACGAGAGUAAAACCAGUGUUUCCUGUUAGCCGUUAAGGUCCUGGCGGUGGUCCGUGCACGUUUUUGUAUUUGUUCCACCUAAUAACUCUCUGUAGAUUUGAAGGUUCAUUCAGCCUAACAGCCCUCCAUGAUUUGAAGUUCACACUAGUGGUUGUGAUGUUUCUACAAAACAAAACUUGCACUUUCAUAAAAAAAAAAAUAUUUGAAAUUUCUAUAAAUAGCUUGUGCAUUCAUAAAAGUAUGUUGGUUUGCCAACACCUACAUGGUUAAACCCUGCCUGUGUCUUCAGAUUUAUUCUUUCGGUUCUGAAAGAGGGCCUACGUGCACAACUGGAGUCUCACGUUUAUAAGUUCGUCCUCCAGGAAUUUAUGAACAGAAGCAGCACAACCACUGCAGUAGUACCGUUAAGGGAAUGUUACUGUUGGCAGAGUGUGGUUUGAUGGGCUGUUUGCCUGCCCGAUCUCAGGUGGAUGUUUUUUAAAAUGCCAGGAGCAAGUGAAUGCUUCAUUUUCAUCAGCUAGGUUCUGGCUUGUUUUGUUUCUUCUUCAGACUUUCUCCUAUUUUUGCAUCGGAAUGAGUGAAUGGAUGAAUGAAUGAGUGUUAAGAUUGUAUUUAGAGAAAUGGAAAACUUGCGUUCAGUGUAAUGCGCAUAUUAAUGCUAUGUAUUGUAUCCCUUCUUAUAUAUUGUAUGUUUUGUUUUUUUCCCCAGUCUAUCCUCCAAAGUGAUUAUUUUUUGUGGAUUUAGUAUAUUUGACCCAUUUCUGGAAAUGGGAUCCUUAAUUAAAAAUUGUGAAGAUCAACUGCAACGUGGUGUUUUGUAUCUCUGACAUUUUGUCAUCAAAGGACAUGUAGUUAGAAAAUCAGUAUUUAUCAGGCAUAUAUUCUGUUGUUUUUAAUUAUUACUUGUUUAUUUGUUUUUAAAGCAAUAACUAUAGCUAAUAAUAAAUAAUACUUUGACUGGGUCAGCUAUAAGCUUGCACAAGGCCUCUGAACCCAUGCAAAAAUGCUGUGACUUUUUUUUUUUCUCGUCUAGUCUACUGAAACCACAACAUUUGCAAUUUUAUAAACUGCAUUGAAUUUUGUUCAUUAAACAUUCUGUUACAGUGUGUUCAUCAAGAGUAAUAUUUGAAGACUGGAUGUAAUAAAUAUGGGGGAAACGA